GGCAGUGUGCACCCAAGUGUUGCUCUCGAUAACCUCACACACCUGAUCCUUGAGCUUCCAAUCCCUUCAGCCUCAAGUCUCACUCCACCAGCACCACCAUGAAGCUCGCAACUCUAAGUCUUCUGGUGGUCCUUAUCGCUGGCAUUACCUUGGCACAGGGCAUCGACGACAAGGCUGAAGAUUGUGAUGCCGAAGGCGGUUGUGUAGAGAGAGCUGAAGAUGUCGAGGACCCCCUCAACCUGGUCGAGAGAAGAGACAUCGAGAGUCAACUCUCGCCGGCCGAGGGAGAGGGCGAGGCCAUGGAUGUCGAGGACCCCCUCAACCUGGUCGACAGAAAGGGACAAUGACGAUUGCGACGACACCCCGAAGAAGUGCAGCGACAAGAACGGCGUGUGCAUCAGCCGCAGGCAGUCCUGCGCUGGCAACACGGAGGACUCCGACUGCAAAGGCAGCGACCAGACUUGCUGCAUGAAGCACCAGUGCAGCAACACCCCGAGGGAGUGUGAGAGAAACAACGGCAUCUGCAUCAACAGAAUGGACAACUGCGCUGGCAAGACGCAGAAUAAUCUCUGCGAAAACGAGCACUGCACUUGCUGCAAGAAGGACGAGUGCAGCAAAACGACAUCGAAGUGCUCCAGCAAGAGAGGCAAAUGCAUCAACAUCAUGGACUACUGUGACGGGAAGACGGACAGCGAUCUCUGCGACAGCAAGAACUGCACGUGCUGCUACUCUUCCAAAUGAGUCAGAUCCUUCCGUCCUCCUCUAUUCCUCUUCCUUUCUCCUUUGUCAACACUCACGAUUCUGCUUGUCAUUUCACUGAAUGUCACUGGAGCGAAAGGGUCCUUGCAGUGAUCAGUAUUGUGUUUGUUGCAAUCAACAUGUGCAUAAACAUGUAACAAAAAUUACUAUGAAUAUAUUGCCUGCCAGUGUAAUGUAUUGCAGAACCUUUCUUUCUAUUAAAUAUGUUGUCUCUUUUUUUCCAAUUAAAGAAUGUUAUAGCAAU